UCUACUUCCUGUCAGCCUCGUUCUGCGUUCUCUCUUUCUCGGCUCUCUCGCGAACGCCAUCAUGGGUCGCAUGCACGCUCCCGGUAAGGGCUUGUCCCAGUCAGCUCUCCCAUACAGACGCAGUGUCCCUACAUGGCUGAAGCUGACGUCCGAUGAUGUCAAGGAGCAGAUCUUCAAGCUGGCCAAGAAGGGUCUGACCCCCUCUCAGAUUGGUGUGAUCCUCAGGGAUUCUCACGGUGUUGCUCAGGUGCGCUUCGUCACCGGCAACAAGAUCCUCAGGAUCCUGAAAUCUAAAGGCCUGGCUCCUGAUCUGCCUGAGGAUCUGUACCACCUGAUCAAGAAGGCUGUUGCUGUGAGGAAGCACUUGGAGAGGAACAGGAAGGACAAAGACGCCAAAUUCCGCCUGAUUCUUGUUGAGAGCAGAAUCCACAGGCUGGCUCGUUACUACAAGACCAAGAGAGUUCUCGCUCCCAACUGGAAGUACGAAUCCUCCACGGCUUCUGCACUGGUGGCAUAAAUGUAAAGACUUUACACAAAAUAAAGACCAUUUGGAUGAA